AGGCUUCACUUCAAACCACCCAGGUGAUGAGAGAGGUUUCCCGCAGAGAAACUCCGAGGCUGCCGCCGCCGUACCUGCACCUCCCCGUGUUUGUGGACUCCAGGAUACCGCUGGUGGAGAAGGAGCAAUUCUCUCCAGCCAGAGGCACCGGACUGGAGCCUUUACCCGAGCCCGUCCGGGAAAUCCUGCUCCCGGAUCAGCCGAGCACCAGUCCGCCCAGCGCUUCGGGUGUUUCCGUAAAGACUUCGUGCAAGCUGAGGAAAAUGCUCGUGCAGGUUUCGAGGAGCAUUGUGGGAACCGGUGAACCACUUUCUCGGGUCACACUGGGAACAUGUCAAGCCAGUAAAUCCACUGCAGAUUACAUUUAUUUUGAAUAUGACCUCAGUUUGUGUGGAACUAAAUGGAAGAUAAGUAACAACCAGGUGGUCUACACAAACACACUACGAUAUGACCCACUGAGACUUCAAGGACCAAUCAGGCGAGCGGCGCCCUUCACCACGCCUGUUGUAUGUUUUUAUAACAGGUACCAAUACUCCUACAAAAUUGGCUACACACCAAAGAUGCAGAUGCGUAAGAUCUUUAAACCAAUGAAGAUGGGAGCAAAAUUCAUUCUGACUCCAAGAAAUGCUCAGUGGGAAAGGCUUUCCCCGUCAGAUCAGUACGUGCUAGGGAAGCCCAUGUACUUUGAGGCUGAGGCUCCGUCCAUGUCCCAAGACGAAAGACUGUAUGUUCACUCGUGUUACGCGACUCCGGAGAAGUCUCCCACCUCCACGCCUCAGUUUCCAGUCGUGAAAAACUUUGGGUGUAUGAUUGAAAGCAAGGACAGUCGCUCUAGAUUUGUCCCAUAUAAAACCAAUGCUGUGAGAUUUUCUGUGGACGCCUUCCUGUUCAAGGGAAUGACAGGCCAACUCUACAUGCACUGCAGCAUGUCUGUGGGCAGUUCCACCCCAACACCUGCAGCCAAGUCCUGUAACUACGAUACAAGAGCAAAAAGAUGGGUUGAGCUGUAUGGAGCCGACUCAGUGUGCAGCUGCUGUGACUCCGACUGCAGCUCGGCUGCUUCCACAGCAACCAAAAUAAUCAGCAGCAGGCCGUGGACCAUAGAGCCAAAAGUGAAACCCGCACCAGCCCCGAAGAGGAAGACUGUUUCCACCACAACAAAAACAACAACUACACCAACACCACCACAGUCUACUAGAAAGGGGACUGAAUGGAGGACGGAGAUGGCUGCGACUUCAAUGGGUAAGGUGGAGAGUGUGGUGAAGGAGCUGGAGUGGCCGUUUGGAGGUGGAGGAGUGACCUGGGUCGAGGUGGAAGGUGAGGAGCAGCAGGUGAAGGGAUCUGCUGCUGUUGUGGAGGAGGAGGAGGAGCAGGAGAUGGAGGAGGAGGAAAAGGAGGAGGUCACAGAACCUCGCACAAUAUUUGAAGAAAUCUUUGAUUUUGAAAAAUAAAGGUGACGUUGACGGUGAUGAGUUUGGCUCUGGUGUAAAUAUCAUGUAUAUUAUUACACAUCUAAAAAUAACUGCAAUAAUGAGUCUAUAUUGAUAAUUUUUUUGGCUUUCUUGGUGAAGUAGGAUGUGAAGAUUGACAUCACUCUCAUAUCUGUCACCCAGCAGCCAGUUAUCUUAGCACAAAUUAUUCUGACUUGUAUGGAUAAAACGAACAAGAUCUGUGUUAGCUGGUGAGCUUUCUAAGUGCUGUAGACAGAUUUAUUAGUUUGGACUGAGUCAGGCUGACUGUUACGCUCGGUUUCAGUCCUUUUGCUGAGCUAAACUCGCCGGCUGCUGGCUGUUCUUUCAAGGGACAGUUCACCUAAAAUAAAAAAUUAAAAUGUUUCUCUUGCAUGUAGUGCUAUUUAUCCAUCUGGGAUUGUUUUGUGAGAGUUGAUGAGUUUUGGAGAUGUGGGAUGUAGAAUCAUUUGUCUUUUGAAGAAAAAAUCUGUUUAAUAAAACUCAACAGAAAUGUC